GUGGGAAACAGAAACACUAUGGCUGCCACUCUGUCUCUCACUCAGCUCUCCAGUGGAAAUCCCAUUUAUGACAAAUACUAUCGGCAGGUUGAUCCGUCUGGCAGUGGGCGGGUGGCGGCAGCCGAUGCAGCUCUGUUCCUGAAGAGGUCUGGCUUGGCUGACUUGGUCUUGGGGAAGGUCUGGGAUUUGGCAGACUCUGAACGUAAAGGUGCUCUUAACAAGCAGCAAUUCUUCAUAGCGUUGCGGUUGGUGGCCUGUGCUCAAAAUGGCCUGGAGGUGGCGCUCAAGUGCCUUCAUGUGGCUGUUCCUCCACCGAAAUUUCAUGAUACAAGCAGCCCGCAGUUAGCAGGAGGAGGGGCUGUUGACACUCCCUGGGUCGUCAAGCCUGAGGAGAAGUUAAAGUUUGACGCCAUCUUCGACAGCCUGGGUCCUGCAGGAGGGAUUCUAACAGGAGACAAGGUCAAGCCUGUCCUGCUCAACUCCAAACUGCCAGUGGACAUCCUCGGCAGGGUGUGGGAGCUCAGUGACAUCGACAGAGACGGCAUGUUGGACAGAGAUGAAUUUUCUGUGGCCAUGUAUCUGGUGUACAGAGCCCUGGAGGGGGAGCCUGUUCCCAUGUCCCUACCACCUCCCCUGGUUCCACCCUCCAAGAGGAAAAAACCCUCGGUGCCUCCCGUGAUGCCCCUGUUACCCUCGCCCCCCUCAGUCAAAGACAGUCGCUCCUCCCACGCUGGCUCUAAGACCAUGCCCCACCCCCCUAAACCUGCCCCCGCUCCUGUCCCGACACCAGCAGCCACCCCUUGGGUGGUGUCGACAGCAGACAAAGCAAAGUAUGAUGAGCUAUUCAGCAAGACUGAUGGGGACAUGGACGGCCUCGUGUCUGGACCUGAAGUCAGAGACAUCUUCCUGAAAACCGGGCUUCCCUCCGCCACACUUGCACGUAUCUGGGAGCUUUGUGACAUUGGAGACAUCGGGAAACUGACCCGAGAGCAGUUUGCCCUGGCGCUUCAUCUAAUCAAUCAGAGGCUCACUAAAGGCCUGGAACCUCCGCAGAGUCUCUCCCCAGAGAUGAUCCCUCCCUCUGACAGACAGAACAUCAAACAGAACAACCUGGCUAACCUGGCAGCUGACUUCUCUGCCAUCAAGGAGCUGGACUCUCUCAGCAACGAGAUUGUCGAACUACAAAAGGAGAAGAGCACUGUGGAAGAUGAGAUCAGGGAGAAGGAGGAGGCCAUCAGACAACGCAGCAACGAAGUCCAGGACUUACAGGUUGAGGUGGCGAAGGAGAGCGAGGAGCUGCAGCGGCUCCAGUCUCAGCGACAGAAGGUCCAAGAUGCCUUGGACGAGCUGGACCAACAAAAAGGAACUCUGGAGGAGCAACUGACUUAUAUUCGCCAGCAGACCAACCAAGAAACCAAUCUGAUUUCAUCGCUGCAGACGGAGCAUGAGGACCAGGAACAGAAGAUAUGUCAGUUUGAGGAGGAGCUGGUCCAGGCCCGAGAGGAGCUCCUCGCUCUGCAGGAGGAGAGCAGGAAGCUGCAGGAGAAGGUCCAGGCCGCUCAGGAGCAGCUCACACCUCUGCAAGAGUCUGUCCGCGACUCCUUUACACAAGUCGCACAGGUUCAGCGGAAACUGAACAACCUUCAGGUGGAAGAGAGGUCAGUAACCGCCCAGCUUAGCUGGAAAAGAGCCCUGGAGGACAGCUCUCCUGUCAUGGUCAACGGAUCAACUGGCUUCACUGCAGAGCUGCGCCAGGGGGACCCCUUCCAGCAGGACCUCUUCCAGGAGGACCAGCCUAAAGAGCUGAAGGAGGAAUAUCCAUCAGAUGUCUGCUAUCAGCAGAAAGAACAGUCGGAUCAGAAAGAGAACGAAGAAUUGAAAGUGGGAGAAGAGGAAGAAGAGAAGGAGGAAGAAAGUCCAAAGACUACAGAGGAGGAAAAGUUGAAACAUGAUGCCUUGGAUGAUCUCUAUACUAGUCUAGCCUCCUCUGAGCUGUACAAUAAUCGGUCAACCCUCGCUAUGCCACAGGAGAACACGGCAAGGGAACACAGUAGCCCUAUACCCGAUGUCUCCCCGGAGCUUAUAAAUGAUGCAGAGGAACCCCCUAAAGAGAGCUCACCAGAGGUCGCAUCGCCAGAGCCAGAGAGCGAACAGGAGCCAGCAGUGUCCCCAGAAGCCCCAAACAACUCGUUACCACCCCAAGUCGGCCCUCGCUCUAUGCCGCCUCAGACCAGCCCUCCCUCGCUGCCUGAGAUGGACUUCUUCGAUUCGGACCCCUUUACUGACCACGAUCCAUUCAAAGAUGAUCCAUUUGGAAAAGCAGAUGUUGCAGAUCCAUUUGGUGGAGAUCCGUUCAAAGGGUCCGACCCCUUUGCUGCAGACUCUUUCUUCCAGGCCUCCGGCGCCCCCUUCGCCUCAGGCGACCCGUUCACUGCCAGCUCAGCCGAUCUGUUUGGUACCACUGCUGGCGUCCCAGAACCAGACCUGUUUGCAACCAAGCCGAGUGACGUAGCAGCUGGACCAGCAGCAGGUCAAGAUCCCUUCGCCUCCAAACCUACCAAUCCAGCUGUGGCAGCCAAGGAUCCAUUCAGCUCCACAGCAAACAAUAUGGCCAGCUCUGACCCGUUUGGUGGCAAAAUGAAUGCCACCGGGGAGGCGGAUCCAUUUGGUUCUCAGGACGGCGGGGGGGAUCCCUUCAGCUGCUCUCUACCCUCCUCUGAUCUGGCCGUGAAGGACACUGCAGCAUCCAAUGACCCGUUCGCUCCAGGUGGUACUACAGUAAACGCCAGCUCAGAUCCAGAUCCGUUUGCGGCUGUGUUUGGCAAUGAAUCGUUUGGUGGAGGCUUUGCAGAUUUCAGUGCUUUGACAAAGUCAAACGGUGCUGACCAGUUUGGCGUCAACAAUAAGAACCUGUUCCAGGAAGAGAGCCAGUCAGCCGGCCCCGAUGUUCCCCCAGCCCUGCCCCCUAAAACGGGUACGCCAACCAGACCACCGCCUCCACCUCCAGGUAAGAGAUCGUCCAUCUCCAGGACGGAGUCGUCAGAAUCCUUCCAGCGACGAGGGCCCUUCCUCCAACAGCCUCCGGGAGACUUCUCCUCCUCCUCCUCAUCCCUGCCUGCUAAGGAUCCUUUAGCCGACCCCUUCGCCCCUUCCUCCCCUCCUCGUCACAACGCACGGGAAGCUGACCGAUUUGCCAGCUUUGACAAAAAGCCGUAUCCAACGGAGGAAGACAUGAUAGAGUGGGCAAAGCGCGAGAGCGAGCGAGAGGAAAAGGAGCGACUUGCCAGACUCACCCAGCAGGAACAAGAGGACCUGGAGCUGGCCAUCGCACUCAGCAAGUCUGAACUCUCUUGAGGAGCUCGUCGUCCCCUUCCCCUUCCCCUCACCUCCCCCUCCCCCUCAUCCACUGACCUGGCUCGGCACGGCACAGCACAGCCUGGCCCAGCACAGAAAGCACCAAAGCAAAGUGGGGACUGUACAGGACUGAUUCAGCAGCACCUGCUGACCCCAUGAAGAGACUUUCUUAGAACAAACCCAUCUCUGAAUCUUCUUCCUUCUCACCUCAGACUGUGUUCACCCGAUCACUGGCGAUGCAGUAUUGUGUUUGUUCCAUCCUGCUGGUCUUGUUUCGGAGGAGAGGACCCAGAUGGAGUGUAUGUCCUGAAGAAUGGAUUGUUGAAAAAUGAAAUGCAGUGAAUGUGGAUCUAGAGAUCGCUCCGUUGAUUUCAACAUCAUUGCUACAAAUGUCCCAUUAACUCUCCAGAAUGUAAUUUAUUUAAUGCACUCACAACUAGAUUGAAAUGGCCUUGUCAAAAGUCCUGUCUUUAUCCACUAACAGAUCUCACUACACUUUCUGAAAACACGGCUCACGCUAGCUUCUGAAGUUAUAUUGAGAAAAUCAUGAGAUCUCUUUAAUUAGAAAUAGUCUUGCUAAUUUUGUUGAGCCCAAAAAAUCCCCCAUAACUUUUUCAACUGUGGGACGGGGGAAAAAAGUGUUUUUUGAGGCACUAUAACAAUAUUUUAAGUGCAAGUCAGUCUUUUUUAAAAUGGAGUGAUCGUGUACUUAUAUUGUUCCGUAUGAUGGCAGAAGGCCGAUGAGAUUAUCUUUAAAAACGUACUUGUUCAGCACAGGGUGACAUUUCUACUUGUUUAACUGGAAGUGACCAGUCCUCUGAUAUGUGAAACGCAUGUGCAGAUUUAUACUAAAAUUUAACAAAUACAUCACAUGUUACCACAUUCAGCUUCUCGAUACUUUAAUUGCUUUUACAUUUCAGUAAUGUGUUGCUUUGCCCAGCAACUGUUCUGUUCUGUCAAUUCAUUUUUUGGGAGAUACUGAAAGGAAUGUAACUACAACUAUUACAUGUAAUGAUAACAUAUUAAUUAACAUUACAUUUCAGGGCACACUACAAGGGACUGAACACAAUGAGAAACAUUUUUUUUUGAGUCCAACACCAAAUACUUAGUAUCUUUGAAUUAGUAUGAAACCUUUGUUAAUGUUUCCGAUUUAAGAAUGUUGUUUUGGCUGAAAUUUGACAAGUUUUCGACAAACUUAAAAAUAGAAACUGGGAUGUCAUAGAUAAAUAAAUGAUGUGGAAAAGUAGAUGUAUGCCCACUUUAGCUGCUCUGAAGUCAUACAUUAAAUGAAUAGUGUUAAUAGUAUUGUUAACACUCACUGAUCAAAGCUUAGGCACUCAGCAGUCUCCCUAAAGCAGACACAAAAAAAGAAGUAUUUUGAAAAAAACCAUCUUCCUCAAGUAAUCCAUUUCACACCAGGUUCCAUUUUGAAGUGAGCCACUGUUGGUGCUUCUUUUGUUUGCCUUUGUAUGACCUUUUGAUAUUUCCCAGGUGUUUUUUUUUUUUUAGGAGAUACUUCCUCUCUGAGAGACUAAGUGGAUUAACCAAAGUCAGUAAAAGUUGAUUAGCAUCCCUGCGUUUCGGUGGAGCAGUUGCUCUUCCACAACAACACAGCAGUUCACACCCACAGAGCAGUUUAUCGGCCAGUGAUUCUUCCUGUUCUUGCUGGGUAAUUUUGUGUUUUAUCCCAGAAACUGAGAUACUUAACACUGAGUGCUAAAUUGUGAUCGUUUUCUGAACAAGUGAUUGCUUUGUUUUACAGCAGGAGGCUUUCGUUUUCAUUUUCUUUCCAAAUUUCUGACCAAACUUCCUGUUCCGACUUAUUUCGUCUCACUGAGAAAAAUGAGCAUCGUCAUAGUUUCCUCUUGUCAUGUUUAUCUAGUUUACUGUCCGUGGUUAGAGCUGCACUUCCAACUUUCAGUACACGUGUAUUCUAAACUCAAGAGAACAGCAGUCGUCCGUCUGUCAUACUACAGUUUAAUUCCACCUGACACUUUACUUUCAAUUGUACAGACUCCUUUUGCAAAUCAAGAACCACUUAUGUUUCUAGGCCUACCCAUAAAGGCUUUUUAAAACUCAAGUUAAUUGUAUUUUAUUUUGUAUUUUCUAACAUGUAGAGAAAAAAAAAACAUUAUUUGGCCAGAAAAUGUAAUGCAUUUCAUUGAAAAAGAAUAAAUAUUA